AAUCGACGACCCUCGGUAGACGCACCGUUCCUUACUCUGAAGGACAGCGUUCCCCUGCGUUGACGAGUGGUGGAGUCGGGGCGGUGGAGCGGGCGCGCAUGCGCAGCGGCGGGGCCCGGCGCCCCCGGUCCAGCAGUAGCGAAAGGAUGAGGCCGUGUUCCUGGGCCGCUUUCCGGCUACUGCGCCGUCUCCAGCCGCUGGAGCUCGACAAGCCCGGCUCGCCGCUCCGGCCUCCGUGCUGGGCGAGCCGGCGGGAGGUGGCGUCGAGAGCCGGGAGCUCGAUGAAUGUGUUCGACCGACGGAUGAAGCGGCGGCAGAGAAACUGGGCGACGUCGGCGGGCGGGAGCCGGCAGUGCGACUACCUGCGGGAAGAGGUUGGAAGCAGAAUUGCAGACCGUGUUUCAGAUGUUGUGAGAACUUUCCCUGUUGCACUGGAUAUUGGAUGUGGUAAAGGCUAUAUAGCAGGAAAUCUAACCAAGGAUACAGUUCACAAACUCUAUCAGAUGGAUAUUGCGGAGAAUGUUUUGAAAUGCCCCAUUAAGACUGAAAUUCCCACUUAUCAUGUCAUAGCAGAUGAAGAGUUUCUCCCCUUCCAAGAAAAUACAUUUGAUCUCAUUCUUAGCAGUUUAAGUUUGCAUUGGGUGAAUGACCUCCCAGGAGCUUUCAAACAGAUUCAUUUUUCCUUGAAACCAGAUGGAGUAUUCAUUGGUGCCAUGAUGGGAGGGGAGACCUUGUAUGAACUUCGUUGUUCUCUACAACUAGCAGAAUUGGAACGUGAAGGUGGUUUUGCACCUCAUAUAUCACCAUUUACUGCCAUGACAGACCUCGGGAAUCUCUUGGAACAAGCAGGAUUCAAUAUGCUAACUGUGGACAUUGAUGAAAUCCAGGUCAACUAUCCAGGAAUCUUUGAAUUAAUGGAGGACUUGCAAGGUAUGGGAGAGAGCAAUUGUGCUUGGUCCAGGAAACCCAUGUUGCACAGGGACACAAUACUAGCAGCUGCAGCAAUCUACAAAGAGAUGUAUGGUAAUAAUGAUGGGUCUGUGCCAGCAACAUUUCAGAUUCUGUACAUGAUUGGUUGGAAACCCCAUGAGUCACAGGCUAAGCCAGCAAAGAGAGGUUCGGCUACAUUAUCUAUGGGCGACAUAGGAAAACUGCCUAAAAUGAUGAUAAAGGAUAAAAAGUUUUAAAAUUGUAGAAUAAUAUCGAACAAUCCAGAAAAUCUGCCAGUCAGGCACUACCUGAGCUUCAAUAAUCUGGCAUCCUUGCAGUUUUACUGUUGGAUGUUAAUUGUAUAUAUAAAUGUAAACAGUAAAAAUAAUUUUCCAGCUGGACUUUAGUUUUAUUUUCUUGCUGGGUCAGGCUGUGUUUUCUGCACAAGAUGAAAAGGUGAUGAUUUGUCCUUGUGCACUGGGCAUGUCUUCAAGCUGGGAUUCCCUGAUGUAAAUGAGCAACAUUGACUGAUAUGCAUUUUUAAGUUUUCUUCAGUCACCUUUCCCUGAUGGUACAACUGAGAUGAGUACACAAAUAAAAUGAUGUUU